GAGCGAUUCCACGCAGAAAUCGGGAGAAUGGGAAGGGAAGAGAUCCUCUUAGUCUUCAUAUAAAUGCCGGUGAUGCUCGCAGUACGGGAUCACAUAGAUUUGAUCGUCAAAUCGACAGCUGGCACGAAUCGCCUUCAUCAUGCAGUAUCUAAUCUUGGCCUUUGCAAUCUUCAGCUGCGUCUUCGGACAAUUCGGAUCUUUCCGUGGUUUUCCCAACCAAAAUGCAUAUAGAGCAACGCCGAGACCCUAUCAACCGCAACCGCAACCGCAGCCACAAUACUCCUCUGCCGGAAAGCCCUUUAUAGGCAUUCGUAGUCAACAAAAGGAUACAUCACCGGACGGAUCUUACACUUUCAGUUAUGAAACGGAAAAUGGAAUUUCAGUCUCCGAAAGCGGAUAUCCUCAAGCCGGACCUCAGGGUCAAACGGAGGUGGUCCAGGGCAGAUUUUCAUAUCCUGCACCUGACGGUACUCCCAUCACCAUCGAAUAUACAGCUGACGAGAAUGGCUUUCAUGCUCAGGGUGCCCACAUUCCUACGCCGCCCCCUAUCCCGGAAGCCAUCAGAAGAGCACUCGCGGCAAAUCCGCCCGGACCUGAUGACGAGAAGUACGAUCGACAGCCGUUUCAGCAGAGAUUCAGUGGACCGGUAUACAACGCCAACCCUUACCGGAGAUUCUAAUUUCGCACAUCAUUUGAUUACAAAAUCUUCCACGACGCACUCAUGAUACAGCCAAGCGAAUCUGUUAAAUGGAGGCUCGGCUAGACAUAUAUCGUUGGCUUUAAAUCAUCUUCUUUCCAGCCUCUAAUCCGAAGUGAUACGUGUACAUAAGAUACAAUAUGGUGGAUAUAACAAUAUCGACCCCUACAGCAAUGUAACUUUCGUUGUGCAAUAAAUCAGUAUAUA